CGCGCAGGCUCCUGGGAAAGCGCGAUGUUCAAAUUUAUUUCCGGUUUUUCUUUUAGCCUUUGUCGCUACGCCAGAGACAUGGAGCGACCUCAAAACAGUGUGGCGAGGACUCCCACCGACAGCAUUAUGGCUCAGAGGAGGAGCAAAAAUAAAAGCUACAGACAGUCAUACCGCAGCUGCUUAGGCGCUGCUUCAAGGCUCAGCCACACCCCAGGAUGGACAGCGCGGAGGCUCAACACCAGCAGAAGAACAAAGUCACACAAUAUCACCGAGAAGGUGAAUCCAGAGGAUCUGGCCUUACUGGUGAAGACAGAGUGGCAGCUAUCGUACGUUACGCCGCUCUACCAGUUCAGACACACCCAGCUCAGGAGCUACUCGAGGCAGCUUUCGGCGUUUAUUACUGCAGAGAAGCAGCAAGGUUUGGCAGUGGAGGUUGAGGGAGCGCAGACCAGCUUCAGAGUCUCCUUCUCUGCGGUGCAGGGGCUGGGAGAGACUGACGAUGAUGCUGAGACGGUCCUCCUACAGAUCCAUUCAAAGCCGGUGUUUGCAGGGAAGGAUGAGGCGCAGAAGUUGGUGUGGAGCGGCUGGCUGACCUGCAUCAAUGGCAAUCCUGAAUAUCUUCACUUGCUUCCGAAGGACUUCACCUGUCUGCCGCUCUUUGGCAGCCGUGGGGCUGAGAAUCUCACCUCAUUGGUCAAAUCCUGGUUUCAGCAGACCUUUGACUGCUGCUUUGGCCCUCUGGAAAUCAACCAGACCUGCCUGCAGUGGCUAGCGGCAUUAUGGACUAACUGCCACAUAGAGUCCAGCAUCCAGCAUCUCAAAAUGAUUUGGACUCUUCCGGUUGAGCCACCGUUGCAGAUCACCUACACGGUUAACUCUCAAGACGUGUGGGAGCUGUGGAACAGUGUGAGGAACCCUUCACUGGAGAGCAGGGAGGAGGAGGAGGCAGCGAGAAGCAUUGACAUCGAGGAGGUGACAAGGUUCAUGCAGGGGCUAAAAAGCCACUUCUACAGGCACUUCAGACUGGACCUGUCAGCAGGACGCCUGAGUCAGGUCUCAUCUGCACUGGGAUCAGCCAAGUUCAGCGGCAGGAUCAAGAUGUCCAACAGCAGAUAUGUCCUCACAACCCUAACACUGCUGACAGAGUGUGCCCUUCUCAAAAUGCCCAUCUGAGCACAAAAGAAUGACUUUGCAGCAAGAGGAAAUGCAAAUUUUGCAAUGUCAGUUUGCAAAACCUGUUAUGGAAUAACAAAUAUGGCUUUUAUUCAUUCAAACAGCGUAGCCUCUUUACACGAAUUCACCACAGGCGAGUGGCUUCUGGCUUUUUAAAAAAAUUUUUAUUUUUUCCCCUUUUCAUACUCCAGAUCUGGGAUGUUACGGGAGCUCAGCACGGGAAGGAUUGUGCCUGUAAUUAUGAAGAAUUGAGGAUAAAAUCUGAAUGUUUCUUGUCUGCUCACUCAGCUCUUCUUGUAAAUACGUCGUAUGUUUAUUCAUGUCCACCUCUUUGUAUAUUUUUCUCAUUUAUAGUUAUAAAUAAAAACCAGACAAGCUUCAGCCAAGCGAUAUUUAUAAAAAAUUGCAAAUUGUCACAACGAGAGGUGGAACUAAGCAGAUGUUAGAUUUCUGUGUGACUGAUAUCUUUGGUUUUUAUUGUUACUAAAGUAACUUUGUGUGAUUCACAUAAACAUUUCUCAUUCUCACACAGGGCUUUGGUGCAGCCCUUGACCUAAAGGAGUGAACUCCAUUGUUCUGCCUUUUAGGCCAACUUAAAUCUGAUUGGCUGCUCUUUAUAACAGAAAGUUUAAACACCAGGUGGGUGGGGCUUCAGUGCUCACCUGUGAUCAUAUUUAGGAGCUUAAAGUGAAACAAAUGUAUGAAACUAAAUGUAGGAGCAAACAUAGACCUCAUUAUUUUAAAAUGACCAUAUUUUAUCUGAGGACAUCAUUAUUAUCCAUCUCUGCAGUGCACAUAUUACACAUGCAGGUAAAUUAGAUAAGGCAGAAUCUGGCUCCUUUAGAAGGUUAAUUUCUCAUUAAUUAUCUUAUUAAUUUAGUUUAACACCAUCAAGCUUGGCCGGUUUAACAAUACAGUGGGGUGGAGGUGUACUGCGAAGUAGGAUUUCAUUUAAGUUCUUGUGUUUGAACAAAUACACGUGUCACAUGGUGAGCAGGACCUUAAUAACACCACUGAAUAAAGCUACAGUCUGCAUGCUUAGUCUUAACUAGCUGCCAUGUCUGAUUUACUCUGCUAAUGUUGCUUUCUAAAAUAAAGAUUUAUCUAUA